AAUUUAGAUGUAUAGUGGCAAAGGAAGCAAUUGGCAUCAUCAGACACAUCGAUCACGCUUCUCAGAACCCUCGAGAUCUUGGACCGCUCAGCAUGCUAGCACAUUACAGGAUGCCAAGAAUCGUCUUACCAGCGCUUGUCCUUGCGAUGCUGCCAUUCGCGCUGGCAGUGGCCCCUACCCAACUUGCUCGCCGAGGCCCCCCUCUGAAACCUCGGUUCCCGAAUCACGUCUACGGGUCUUUACCAAGCCGAGCUUUGGAUCACUUGACUUCUGAUCAAAUUGGCAGCUCCGCAACUCAACUCGACUCCACGACUUCGUCUGCAAGGGCUUUGCAACCGUUUCAUUCUCACGAUUCAACCAUUCGAAGUGGGCAAGUCGACCACUCUUGGCUGGACGAAGAUCUCGAGCAGCAUUUCUCUCCCGAGCUGCUCGCGUCCUGGCUGGCUGAUUCAUCGCCACGGGCUCAGCAUCUACAUAUUCCCAACCGGCCCAUACACGACGGUCAUGAUGCUCUGCUUAGCUCGUCAACACCAAUGCCUGUACUCCAGACGCCGCGUCCGCUUGAUCAAAUACCUCAUACACCACAACCUCAGACUGCGCAACGCGAGCACUUCCACUCGCCCAGUUAUUUUCACAAUGCUGCAGAGCCGCGUGUGUCCGAUGGCGCAACAUCUCAAGUCGCUCUAGUGAGCGACGCCGACCGGAAAGAGAGGGAAUACCACCGGUCUAUGUUCAACGCGCAAAGGCUCCGGACUUUAGUCCGACAAAGAGGGACUGACGCAGGAAAGAAGCACCCCUCGCUGCUCGAGGCCAUCAUUGCCAAGAAGGCUCGUUCAGCAAAUUUGCCAGCGGUGCCCCGGAGCGAGACGCACCUGAGGCAGAUGCGAAAGUCUCAGACUCAAUCCACGCGGCGCGCUGAGAUCGACGCUCUCGCGGCUCGAAUCAGAAAAGCUCGCGCCCCGCCCGACCCACCCUCUUGGGCAGAGGGUCCGGAAGAGCCAUCGGGAAGGAGGAGUGCGAGCCUAGAACGACUGCCUUUGGGCCACGCUGUCGUUAAGCUGCCAGCCCAUUCUGCAUUGCCGACGGCAUCUCGAAAUGCUCCGGGCGCGAGCGCACAUGCCGAGCAUAGAGAUCUGAACGAUGACGCUCACACCACUGCCGCUCAUGCGGUCCCCGAAUCCUCUGAGCUCGAGUUUCAUACGAUGCACAAGCUCUACCAGCUGUUGGGCAACGAGCAGGAUGCAAAGGAGAGAACAAAGAUCAAAGCAGAGAUGCGACGACAAGCCCAAGCUCUGGGGCUACCUGAUGCUCCUGCUACGCUUCGACGAUGGUACACGAGCACGGGGAAGCUGCCAAAGGCCGAACGCUCCAUGACUGGUAUGCACGGAUUGUUCCAGCACCGAGACAAUUUGAUAGCGUCGGAGCAAGAUACGACUGAGGUUGAUACGAAAAUCAAAGCUAUUGCCGACCACGCUGGCGUGCCGAUGCCCACAUCGGCGCAAAGCUUCUACAAUUCAACGUACAAGAAGCGAGUGAGGGACGGCACGGCUUAAUUGCAUCCAACCUGCUGUUCUGGGACGUGCUUGGACAGCGCCGCGUGUGGCGACAAAGUAGCACAGUGCAAUGUUAGAUUCGAAGUUUUGAGCGCCCUGGUAGUGG